GUCAUUGGGUGGUUCGGCGUUGUUUUGCGGUUGGGGCAUUCUGGUAAUUUUGCUGCGAAAUGCGGGGUGGAAUCUUUUCAGGGGUUAGGACUGUUUGGAUUUAUUAUUGAGGGAGGUGAAGGUGUGUCAGUGGAUAUUAAAAAAAAGAAUUUUCUUCGGUGGCGUUAUUCAGGUCGUGACAAUGUUGGUAGCAGAAGUGAAGCGACGAUGGCGGCGGAUAUCGUCUUCGGUUUCUCGGCGUUGGCGUUGUUCCAUUGAGAGAAGCGAACCUCGGUGGGAUGGGUUAGGGUUUGGUGGUGCAAAGAUUGGGAAUAGGAUUGGAAAUAAUUUUUUAGCGCCGUUAAGUGAAUGAGUUGGGGUUUAGGAAGAAAGAACUGGGAAGAGAUGAAACGAUGUCGGUUUUUGUUGGGAAUUAUUUUUAUUGUAGUGGUCUGUUUGUAAUUUUAGGCAAAUAAUAAGGACAGGUUGUGUUCAUGAAAAGGACAAGAGGAUUAGAUACGGAGAGACAGUCACCGACAGACAGCUGAGAGUGGCUGGGCUACUUACUGAAAAGCUAAUCGAGGUCGUUCUUUCAUGGAGGGAGCUCUAACAGGUAACACUACUUCAGUUUUCAUGGCUUUGAUGUUGAUUUAGUAAGGUUUAAGUUCCUAAGGUUUUUUGUGUUUUCUGGCGUGUGGUGCUUACCUCUUGUCUCCUUUGGUAACUGAGAGAAGCAGCUUUCGGUGGACUAUCCUUCGAUUAGUUUCUAAUAUAAGAAAAGACUUCAACUUUUGGCUAUUGAUUUGGAUAUACUUUCCUAGACUCUUCAUUUGAUUAGUCAAGGCUUAGCUUCAAAUACUUGCAAGGGAGGGAGUGAUUUUUUUUUAUGGCCUGUCAGAUUGCUGAGCUUGAUUUAAAUAGUUGGUGAUAGCACACUUGUGUGAUAUGGAAACCUCUGCCCUUUUUCAGAGGUUAUGUCUUGUAGAGAUUAGGAGAUUGCUGAUGGUUAUUGGUGUGGCCAUUAUUGUCAUCAUUCUUUUUCAAUGUUUUGCACUUCCCUAUGGGAAAGGUUGGUCUGUAUCAUCUGCUGAUGAGGAUUCUGUAGUUAUGCUGAUCAGCAAUCCCAUCUUAUCAAACAGUUCAAAGUCAAGCAUACGUGUAUUUCAUAUCAUGACAAAUGGUUCUGAUUCAUCUGAUUUGGGUGAAGAAGCUCGGGAUGAGGAUGAAAUAGAAAACACAGAUGCAGACUAUGAGUUGUCAUCUAAUAAGAUUGAACAAAAUGAUGUCUUGCUCAAGUUGGGGGAAAUGCUCGGUAAAAGUACAGACAAUACUUCUUCACAGGAAAAAUCUAUAGAAACUGGAAGCAAACACCUGAAGCAGGUUGGCGAAACUGAAAUCUUGGAAGCAACCACGAGCUCAACAUUUGGAGGAAUUCAAAGUAAUGUUGGCACUGUGCCAAGUGUAUUAUUGGGUAUUUCUAAAAAGAAUGGGGAAAAUAGGGAUAGAGAUUCAAUAACCUCUGACUCAUUCUUCCCUACCAAGGUAAUUUCUUUGGACCAUAUGGAGACGCAAACCAAGAAUGCUGAAUUAUUGCAGACCAUUUCUGUCACUUUGAACAAUAAUUCUACGAGGGAUAGUAUAUCCACAUUGAAGAGGUGGGAGCAGUCCACGUCAAUAUCCCAAAUGAAUUCACUAUUGCUUCAGAGUCUUGUUUAUUCCCAUUCUAUGCCACGACGGUUGUCUGUUCGUGAUCGUGAACUUCUGUCAGCAAAAUUGGAGAUAGAGAAUGCUCCUCGUGUAGAUAACCCUCCUGGACUUUAUGCCUCUGCCUUUCGAAAUAUUUCCAUGUUCAAAAGGAGUUACGAGUUGAUGGAACGCAUGCUCAAAGUUUAUGUCUAUAAGGAAGGAGAAAAACCCAUAUUUCACCAGUCAAAGAUGAGGGGAAUAUAUGCCUCAGAAGGAUGGUUUAUGAAGCUGAUAGAGGGAAACAAAAAGUUUGUAGUGCGGGACCCAAGAAAAGCUCAUCUGUUUUACUUACCAUUUAGUCCGCAUAUGUUAAGGACGGCCCUGUUUGAUCACAAUUCUCUCAAUCAAAAGGAACUUGCAGAAUUUUUGAAGAACUAUGUGGAUUUAGUUGCUAAAAAGUAUAGUUUCUGGAAUAGAACUGGAGGAACAGAUCAUUUUCUUGUUGGCUGUCAUGACUGGGCCUCCCAAAUGACGAGGCAUCAUAUGAGGAAUUGCAUCAGGGUUCUUUGCAACUCCAAUGUUGCCAAAGGUUUCAAGAUAGGCAAGGAUACUACUCUGCCUGUUACAUACAUACGUUCUGUUGAGAACCCUCUAAAAGAACUUGGUGGAAAAUCUCCUUCAGAAAGGCCGAUUCUGGCCUUUUUUGCAGGAAACAUGCAUGGUUAUCUCCGACCAAUUCUGCUGGAGUACUGGGAAAAUAAGGAACCUGACAUGAAAAUCCUUGGUCCGAUGUCUCGUGAUAUUGCAGGCAAAAGAAGAUACCGGGAGUAUAUGAAGAGAAGCAAAUAUUGCAUAUGUGCCAGGGGUUAUGAAGUUCACACGCCACGAGUGGUUGAAUCAAUUUUCUACGAGUGUGUGCCAGUCAUCAUAUCAGACAAUUACGUGCCUCCUCUUUUUGAGGUAUUGAACUGGGAGGCGUUUUCUGUAUUUAUUCAAGAGAAAGAUAUCCCAAAUUUGAGAAACAUUCUGCUUUCGAUCCCACAAGAGAAGUACGUUGCAAUGCAGUUAGGAGUUAAGAAGGUGCAACAGCAUUUCCUUUGGCACAAAAAACCUGUGAAGUAUGAUUUAUUUCAUAUGAUUCUUCAUUCAGUUUGGCACAGCAGAGUUUUUCAGAUGGAAAGCAAAUGACGGUGUUAAUACUUUGCGUUUCUGGGUAAUGGAAAGCAGAGAAAAGUGGGAAAAAUCACAGGGUAAAACACCAUGAUGUAAUGUUUAAGAGAAGCAUGGGAUUACUUGAGACAGUUGGUACAGUAAUCAUAUUUGUAUGUUGUUUUAUGUACAUAAAUUGUGCAGAGCAACAGGUGUGUACUAUUGACUGUGGAAGCUGAAUAUUUCAUUCAAGGCUUUGCUUUGUUGGUGAUAA